UCAAACAGACCUGAAGUAAGAAAUCAGCCUCAAAAGUCAAAAGUCAAAACCCAACGGAGCUUCUGGGUUUUUGCCGGGGUAAACCCUCACCACCACUUUCCCCUCAAUUUGCGUCCUCGCUCGCUCUCAAAUUCAGUCAUUUUUUAUUGUCUCAGGUGAGCUCUCUAUAAUCUGCUCAAUUCACACCCGCUUAUUUCCUUGAAAUUGUUCCCAAAUUUCUGGGCUUUUCAUUCGUAUUUAAGCUUUACUCGUCGGUUCUUAUUGAUUUAUCAUAUCUAUGAGCUUUUGAUUUUAUCCGAGUGUUAAAAAUGGCUAGAGGCCCUGCAAGCUCUCUCUUUCGACUUUAUGCUUCGAAGAAAAGCAUAUCUAGGUUUAGGGUCCUGGUGUGGAAUCAAUAUCUCAGUUCCGCUGGUUCAUAUGACCGCUCUGUAUCGCCAAGUUUCCCUUUUUGUCCCGCUUUCGAUGGUCCAAACCGUCCGUUUUCGACGAGCUUAAGGGACCUAGUUCGUCUUAGAUUGCCGCCCCAAAGCCCAAAAUUUAUGGGCAGCGAUACCUUCGAUGCAAAACCAUUUUCAACUGCUGUGGGAGAUGGGGACGAAGAUGUGAAUAAUAAUAGUGCUUAUAGUUCAACAAUGAUCGAGUCUGAAUGCGAUUUUGAUGCGGAUGCUGGGAAAAAUGUUGAGCUUGAGCUUGAGGAUAGUGCUCGCAAUUUGUCGAAUUGUGAAGACAGGGACGGUGAUGAUGAGGGUCUUAUUUGUGAUUCAAUGAUGGUUGAGUCGGAAAAUGGCGAUGACAAUGUGAGUUCAGUGAAACCUUUGAGCUUUGUGCAUGUUGCAUCCCGCGAGCCUGCUGAAUUGUAUCGUGAGCUUCGCAAUGCCGAAAAGGGUGCGAAGCAGAGACGGCAUGAUUGGGACACUCUUCAAGAAAUAUUCCGGUACUUUGGGAAUUCGGGCUGGGCAUCCGAUCAGUCUCUUGCGAUAUACAUAGGCAGGUCAUUUUUUCCUACUGCUGUGCAUAAUUUCCGGAACUUUUUCUUCAAGAAGAGUUCGGCUGAUGUUGCCAGGUAUGUGGUGUCCCUUGGUCCAUCUGAUGAUGCAGUUGAGUUUUUGUUUCCAGUGUUUGUUGAAUAUUGUUUGGAAGAGUUUCCUGAUGAGAUCAAGCGUUUUCGGGGUAUGAUUGAAUCAGCAGAUCUCACUAAGCCCCAUACAUGGUUUCCAUUUGCUCGGGCUAUGAAGCGUAAGAUAGUUUAUCACUGUGGUCCAACCAAUAGUGGCAAAACUUACAAUGCUUUGCAAAGUUUCAUGGAAGCAAAGAAGGGUAUUUACUGCAGUCCUCUGAGAUUAUUGGCUAUGGAAGUCUUUGACAAAGUAAAUGGCAAUGGGGUUUAUUGUAGUCUUAACACGGGACAAGAAAAGAAGUUUGUCCCAUUCUCAAACCAUGUUGCUUGUACAGUGGAAAUGGUGUCAACCGAUGAACUGUAUGAUGUUGCUGUUAUCGAUGAAAUUCAGAUGAUGGCAGACCCAUAUAGAGGGUUUGCAUGGACACGAGCAUUGCUUGGGCUGAAGGCUGACGAGAUACAUUUGUGUGGAGAUCCAAGUGUUCUGGAUAUCGUUCGAAAAAUCUGUUCAGAGACUGGUGAUGAGUUGUACGAGCACCAUUAUGAGAGGUUUAAGCCGUUGGUGGUUGAAGCCAAAACGCUCUUGGGAGAUCUUAAAAAUGUUCGGUCUGGAGACUGUGUGGUUGCUUUUUCAAGGAGAGAGGUAUUUGAGGUUAAAAUUGCAAUUGAAAAAUACACCAAUCACCGUUGUUGUGUUAUUUAUGGUGCCUUGCCACCAGAAACUCGAAGACAGCAAGCAAAUUUGUUUAAUGAACAAAAUAAUGAAUAUGAUGUGCUUGUUGCUACCGAUGCAGUGGGAAUGGGUUUAAAUCUUAAUAUCAGGAGGGUUGUAUUCUAUGGCCUGGCCAAGUACAAUGGUGACAAAACUGUAGCAGUUCCUGCAUCUCAAGUGAAGCAGAUUGCUGGAAGAGCUGGUCGGAGAGGAAGUAUAUAUCCAGAUGGACUCACUACCACACUGAACUUAGAUGAUCUGGCUUACUUGAUUGAAUGUCUAAAGCAACCUUUUGAUGAAGUUAAGAAAGUGGGCCUUUUUCCUUUCUUUGAGCAGGUCGAGCUAUUUGCAGGCAAAUUGCCAAAUGUUACAUUCUGCCAGCUUCUUGAGAAAUUCGGUGAAAAUUGUCGUUUGGAUGGGUCAUACUUCUUGUGUCGACAUGAUCAUAUAAAGAAGGUUGCAAAUAUGUUACAGAAGGUCCCGGAAUUAUCUCUAGAGGAUCGUUUUAACUUCUGUUUUGCCCCGGUUAAUAUCAGAGACCCAAAAGCUAUGUACCAUCUUCUAAGGUUUGCUUCAUCAUAUAGUCAGAAUCUCCCAGUUAAUAUUGCUAUGGGCAUGCCAAAUGGGUCUGCUCGUAACAAUAAGGAGCUCUUGGAUCUCGAGACCAAGCAUCAAGUGUUAUCUAUGUAUAUGUGGUUAUCCCACCACUUCAAGGAGGAAACUUUUCCAUAUUGGAAGAAGGCUGAGGCAAUGGCAACAGAUAUUGCUGAACUGUUGGGUAAGUCUCUAGCCAUUGCUAAUUGGAAACCAGAGUCAAGGGCGGCAGAGAACCAAAAGUUUCAACAAAAGCGAGAUAGUUAUGACAGGCCAAGAUCACUCAUCAAAGUAUAUGAGAAGAAAAGGCAUGACCGGUCUGUACAACAUGAGCUCUCAGAGAAAGUAGCUGCUUAGGUUCGGAGAUUGGACGAUUGAAAAAAUGCCUAGGCCGACAUGAGACAGAAUUAACUGUAGACUGUGUACUUUUCCAUCUUCUGGGAGUGUCAUGUGAACAGAAUUUGCAAAAAAUUUACAGUACGUGUUACAAAGACUUGCUACUUUUCAUGAACUCCUGAUUCAUUUUGUGUAGAGUACUGACUAAACCCUAUUUUUUAGUAUGGUGGUGGUGGUUCACUUUUAGAGCAGAUAGGUUUUAGCUCAAAUUAUGUACUCAAUUGGACAGUAGGAAAAUAUGUAUUCAAAUUGAAAGUUACGGGCCC